GGCGGCGUCCGCGGCUGAGGAGGCGGAGGCAGCGGCAGCGGACGGGCGGGCGGGGCCGGAUCCGGUUCGGUCGGUGGCGCGCCAGCGAGGGCGGCGGGCGCUCGGGCAGCAGCUGUCGCCGUCACCGUCGCAGCCACCUUCUCCUCCGCUCGGUCCAGACCCGACCCGGGGCCGGGCCGCCCGUCAGCCGCCAUGCCGGGCAUCGACAAGCUGCCCAUCGAGGAGACUCUGGAGGACAGCCCGCAGACACGGUCCCUGCUGGGUGUAUUUGAAGAGGAUGCUGCAGCUAUUUCCAAUUACAUGAAUCAGUUAUAUCAAGCCAUGCGUCGAAUUUAUGAUGCACAGAAUGAAUUAAGCGCAGCAACACACCUGACAUCAAAACUUCUGAAAGAAUAUGAGAAACAGCGUUUUCCACUAGGGGGCGAUGAUGAAGUAAUGAGCUCUACUUUGCAGCAGUUUUCAAAAGUGAUUGACGAGCUAAGUUCCUGUCAUGCAGUACUUUCAACUCAGCUUGCCGAUGCUAUGAUGUUUCCUAUUUCCCAGUUCAAAGAAAGGGAUCUAAAAGAGAUAUUAACAUUAAAGGAAGUGUUUCAGAUUGCCAGCAAUGAUCAUGACGCUGCAAUUAAUAGAUAUAGUCGACUGUCCAAAAAAAGAGAAAAUGACAAGGUGAAGUACGAAGUUACUGAAGAUGUAUACACUUCUAGAAAAAAACAGCACCAGACGAUGAUGCACUAUUUCUGCGCGUUGAAUACUCUUCAGUAUAAGAAGAAAAUAGCGAUGCUGGAGCCCCUGCUUGGGUACAUGCAAGCUCAGAUAAGUUUUUUUAAGAUGGGUUCUGAAAAUCUCAAUGAACAGCUAGAAGAAUUUUUAGCAAAUAUUGGAACAAGUGUACAGAAUGUUCGCAGGGAAAUGGACUGUGAAGUAGAAACCAUGCAGCAGACAAUAGAGGAUUUGGAAGCAGCCAGUGACCCACUGUAUUUGCCUGACCCUGACAUCACCAAGUUUCCUGUUCAUCGGAACCUAACCCGCAAGGCAGGAUAUCUCAAUGCUAGGAAUAAGACUGGCCUCGUGUCCUCUACCUGGGAUAGACAAUUUUACUUUACUCAAGGUGGAAACCUGAUGAAUCAGGCCCGGGGAGACGUGGCAGGAGGCCUCGCCAUGGACAUAGACAACUGCUCUGUGAUGGCCGUCGACUGUGAAGAUAGACGAUACUGUUUCCAGAUCACAUCCUUUGAUGGCAAAAAGUCUUCAAUUUUGCAAGCAGAAAGUAAAAAAGACUAUGAAGAGUGGAUUUGUACGAUAAACAAUAUCUCCAAGCAGAUAUAUUUAAGUGAAAAUCCAGAGGAAAUUGCUGCAAGAGUAAAUCAGUCUGCUCUAGAAGCAGUCACCCCAUCACCGUCUUUCCAGCAGAGACAUGAGAGCUUGCGGCCAAACCCACAAACUCGACCACCCACAGCUCGAACUAGUAGUUCAGGGUCUCUCGGAUCUGAGUCAACAACUUUGGCAACCCUUUCCCUGGAUUCGCUCGUUGCCCCAGACACUCCUAUACAGUUUGAUAUAAUUUCUCCUGUUAGUGAAGAUCAGCCUGGCCAGGCUAAAAAUUCUGGGCAGGGAGGCAAACGUACCAAUCCAUUUGGAGAAUCUGGAGGAAGACCAAAGCCUGAAACUGAAGAUUCCAUCCUUCAUCAGUUGUUUAUUGUCAGAUUCCUUGGCUCUAUGGAGGUAAAAUCAGAUGAUAGCCCAGAUGUCGUUUAUGAAACAAUGCGCCAAAUCUUGGCAGCCCGGGCAAUCCAUAACAUUUUCCGGAUGACAGAAUCACACUUAUUAGUUACUUGUGACUGUUUAAAGUUAAUUGAUCCACAAACUCAAGUUACAAGGCUGAGAUUCCCCUUGCCCAAUGUGGUCCUGUAUGCUACGCAUCAGGAAAGUAAACGUCUCUUUGGAUUUGUGCUUCGAACAUCAGGAGGCAGAGUCGAGAGUCAUCCAACUUCAGUCUGCUACAUAUUUGAAUCAAACAAUGAAGGAGAAAAGAUUUGUGAUUCUGUUGGACUUGCAAAACAGAUCGCUUUGCAUUCUGAAUUGGAUCGCAGAGCAUCAGAGAAACAAAAAGAAAUAGAGAGAGUAAAAGAGAAACAACAGAAGGAACUGAAUAAGCAGAAACAAAUCGAAAAGGAUUUAGAAGAACAAAGUCGAUUAAUAGCUGCCUCCAGCAGACCAAACCAGACAAGUGGAGAAGGACAGUUUGUGGUCCUUAGUAGUAGCCAGUCUGAAGAGAGUGAUUUGGGAGAAGAUGGAAAGAAGAAGAAGGAGUCAGAAGCAUGAGGUUGUCCUUUUGUUUGGUGGUUUUUUUCCACCAUCAGAAUCUAUUAACAGUUUCUGAGAUGAAACAGCACAAGUUAAACAACAUUAAGAGGCAUCAAGGUGGAUACUGCAGACUUUUUUCUAGAAGACUGAACUUGCCAACCAAGUUUUACUUUGAUUUUUUUCCUCUUAAAAUUGUCUUACAAUUACUGUAAUAACAAUAACUUAACACCUAAUUCCACGUGUUUAAAAAAAAAAUCUGUUGGUUUACUGAAGUAGGUUGCUGCAGAAUUAUACUGAAUUGAGAUUUUUUUCUCAGUUUCAAACUUUUUAUCUUGGCUUUGCAACUGGGUACAACUAAAAGGAAUUGUUUAUCCUUGGGCUUCAGCUAUACAGGGUGGGUGUUAUUUCUGUCUGCUGGAAGCAGGAAUAAGCUUUAUAGUGAACAGGUUCAAAAAUCAUUUGCAUUUUGCAAAGAAUCUCUCAUCCUUGUGAGACUAAUAUUAACAACAGUGAAUGUGCAAUACACCCUGGAACAGUCCUGGGACACAGGUUUUACGUGUGUGGUUUUAGAGUUUUCAGGGAGGUACCAUUUAAUCUCAGAAUGCAUCAUUGGCAUGACUUCGUGGGAUGUAAUUACAUCUCGGUGUAUGUGGAAAUAGAAACAAAGGUUUCUCCAUGUCAAGAUGAACCUCUCGGUUGGCAUGUGAGCAUCACAUUCUCAUUCUCAGGGUGGGACUGAAACACUGCCGCUGAGUAGUAGUGGUGAUAGAAGGUUUGGGGGUUGUGGAAGGACAUCUGUUUGUUCAGAUACAUUUUAAAUAGUGGAUUUGGACAGGGCGAACUGGCCUUUGGGAUCUGUUUUACUCAGUCUUGAAUUCUAUUUUUUAUAUAAUACAAAAUCAUAAUGUUCAUUACAGUUGAGUGACAUUGCAACAAAAGUUCUUCUGCAAUUAUGUUUACUGAUUAAGCAGAAAUCCUUAAUAUUGGGGGAUUUGUGCUCACUUGGAAUAGAUUUCGACUGACAUUCUCCAGAUCUUCACCACUAAAUAACCCUCAGCUUUUUGCUGUGUAUGAUACUGAAUCAUCCAUAGUGGCAAACAACUAAUUUAUAAAAAUGUCAUAUUUGCACUAAUUAUUGUAAAUAAUACUGUUCUAAUGAGUGGAAGACACAUGCAUAGGAUUCAAAAACAUCUUGUAAUGUCUGGUAUGUUAUAGAAAAAUUGAAAAAAGAAAACGGUUUUGGCUCUGAGCCAUAGUUAUAAAUGAUGACAAUUUUCUACAGGCCUCUUCCAUGUCAGAUGUUUAUUUUUUACAAUUAUUAAUGUUUCUGACAAAUAGUGCUUCUCCUCAGCACUUAAUUUCACACGAAAAUAUAGUUUCAGCAAAUUAAAUGUGCUAAAAAUAUUUUAGUCAGUUUGUGAAUUUGGUCAAAAGUUAGUUUCCAAUAGCAAUCUGGAAUUUCACAAGGGAAAACUCUGUUCUUUAAAAUGCAGCUUGUUUCCUCAAAAGUCAACUAAAGUGGUUCACUUUUGGCUUUUACUCAGUGUGUGGGUUACUGCUUUCAGUGGUCACUAGAGCAGGCGAUAUCAUAUCCUUAAUUAGGCCUUUCUUUUAUCUGUCUGUGUGCCAAGUGGAAAUUUUGGCUUAUUUAAUGCUUACUGGCAGCAUUAUGUUACCAAGACAUUUAGUUUAAAAAAAAACAUCUAAAGCUGGUCCAUAUGAUUGAAUUUAUUUGAGGAUAUGAUACAGCUUACUGUUUAUAUAGAGAAUGGUAUAAAUGUCAACAUGAACUGAUUCCUCCCCUUGGAAAGUUGUUCUUUGAUCAGUAGUCAUCCAUGUAAAACCUUGCUCUUAAGUUGUUGUUAUUGAUAAAUGGUGCAUAUUCUGCUUAAAUCCUUCAUUUACACCAUAGAUUGUGUCCAUUUACUCUUAUUUCAAGCGCAGUCGCUGUAACCUUUAGGGAAGUUCUUGGAAAACAAGAAACAAAGGGACAUUUAGCAAGAAGGGAAAGUUCUAUAUAAGCUGGUAAAAAUAAUCCCUUAAUACAAUAUGACUUUGGUUUGCGGAGAGCAUAGUGAGGAAGGUAGGCCAUCUCCCUGUUUGUCUGGAGUCCCUGAGGUAUGGCCUCUCUGUUGUUCUGAAGUAUUGUCAAUUUCAUGAUAUCAAACCCAUACCCAACUGUACAUUAAAAACCUCUAAAGCUGAAUAAAAAUUAUUUUUAAUUAGUUGCUAUCCUGGAUGAUUCCAGCCUCUGCUCUACUGUAGGCAGCUGAGAUUUGACUCUAUAUGUUUGUUUCUGAUUGUUCUAAAGGGGCUUCAUCUCUACCAGUUUUCUUCUCCUUGACUAGUCCAGAGCCGCCUUUCUUCUUGCCUAGAUUACUGUAAUAACCUGCUAAGUGAUUCUUUUUUGUCUCCCCUCAGUCCCCUCUUCAGUCUGUCAUUCAUACUGUGAUCCUAGAAAUCGUAAUUCACCAAGCUGAUUGUUUUACUCUUCUAGCCCCAACACUCCCCAUUGACACCUGAAUCAAGUAUAGACUGCUGGUCUUGGCAUUCGAGGCAGUCUGGUUUCAACUUACCUUUCCAGCCUUAUUAUGUACUAUUCCCUUAUUCUAUAUUCUCGUCAAAGUAGACUAUUCUCUAUCUCUUGGCCUCACCCUGUCAGCUCCCACCCACUGCCCCCAACCAGUCUGUAUCCUGAAGUCCUUUCUGUUCUGGUAAAGCCAAAUUCCAGCCCCACCUUCUCCAUGAAUUGCUCCCUGGCCCCUCUCUGUUCAUAUUGCUCCUGGCACUUUACCUGCCCCCCUCCCUCACAGUCACCAGAUUCUCUCUAUCUUAUGUCUGUGUCUUCCCUUCUCACACCACACCCUUCACAUUACAUUACAGGCUCCUUGAGGGAGGGGCUUUAGCAGAUCUUUCUGCGGUCAGCACCAGAGGUGCCUUGCAUAGAGUAGCUGCUUAAUAUGUAUUUAAUUGAAUCCUGGUGAUAAUAGGAUUAGGACUUAUGGUAUUUUCCCCCAGAUUACUGUUCUUAAUGAGUAAAGAUACAAGCAGGACCAAUCCACGUCCUGAAGAAAUACAUAAAAUAUUUAAGCAGAAAAUGUCUAAGGCCCUAGCCCCCCUACAUAUAAACACCUACCUUUUUACCCAAAGUAAAAAAAAGUUAGAAGCCAACUGUUCCAUUGUCCUUUCUCCUGUUGUCAAAUACUAAAAUCGGACGCUUGUUGGCAUCUUUAAAACUGUACCUGAAGUGAGAGUUAUGCCACACUAGAAUGCCUCCACUUCACGGAUUUUUAUAAUAGAACCAUAAAACUGAACUAAUUUUUUAAAAACCAAUUUUGACCUAAUUUAAAAAGAUAAUAGAUGAUUGAUUGAGAAAUGAACAUAAUGCUAAUAUGAGAAUUCUCAUUUAACAAAGAAAUCAACCAUUCUACAAAUUUUGGGGCCAGACCCAGGAAAUUCAGGUAUCUUAUAGGAAGUUUUCUUUUAAUUCUAAACAUCUGAAGCAUCCAUUGGUUCACAAGGCAUUGGGUCAUAUCAUUGGUUUUGGUUUUGUUCUUGUUUCGUUUAAUAGCUCAGGUUCAGAUCUGCUCCAUUUCAGGUGCCCAAAGGAGCCCCUGUUAUUGAGAGCAUUUCAUUCCAGUUGAAGAAAUGGUGGCUCACUUUUCAUCUAUGAGAUUUAAUUCCCAUGGAAUUAAAGGCUCAAUUAUUAAGAAACAUCUGUGGGGAAAUCAGAAUUUUGUUGCAUUUUUAAGCCAUCAUUCACGAUUGUCUAAGAUAAUUUACUAUGUAUGUGAAGAGCUAACAUGAGAACAAGUCCAUGUACAAACCAAGUUCAUGUACAAAAAUGACUACUUUUGUAGUAUGUUGGGGUGAUUUUGUAAUGUGACAUGGGCAAAUUUUUGUAAUGCUAGAUUGAUUCUUUUAUUGGUGUGAUUUUCAGCAGUUUUCAAUAAUUAAAAAAUCAUGCAAAAUUUCCCUUUAGAAUUGGGAUUGUAUAUAAGACAGUGGUGACAUUGGGAUUUUUUUCAAUAUUGUAAAAAUGGACAUAGAAUAUUGCUGACAGGACUGAAUGGUAAUAUGCCAUUUGAAUUUUAAAAGUAUAAUAAAAUACAUGUUUUAUAUAUAAUAA